GUCAUGCGGAGACCAUUUCCAUGCUACUUCCACAAAAAUGGCUACUCACUCUUCUACCACUCUAUACUUCUCUUUUUGCCUAACACUCAUCACUUUCACGCUUUCUUCUUUUCAUGCUCAAGCUGGAUUUCAUGCUCCACACCCAUCUUUCAGAUACUGUGAUACGAAUGCAGCCUAUGCUGUAAAGGUGAAGGGAGUGGAAAUAUUACCUGACCCUGUGGAGAGAGGAGUUCCAUUCACCUUUAAGAUCCCAGCUUACACGCCUGAACCAAUUCAAAGCGGGGACUUAAUAUAUGAAAUUUCAUACGUUGGAGUGGAAGGUCCACCUGCUAUAUUUCUCCAUGAUCUUUGUGAGGAAACACCAUGUCCGGUGCCUGCAGGCAACUUUAUGCUUGUUCACACCGAAUUAUUGCCGCCAUAUACCCCACCGGGCACUUAUGAUGUGAAGCUGACAUUUAAGGAUCAUAAGGAGAAGCUAUUGACUUGCAUCACCUUUCCUUUCAAAAUCGGUGCUACAUCUGCUAUCUAAAUUAUCUAGCGCCAAACAGUUCUUAGAUGCAAUCCAACUCUUGUUAUUUUUGUUUAGGAUGCAGUUUUCAUAUGAACUAGUUAAGUAUCAGGCUAUGAAUGAUACAUAAAUAGCCCAAAAAGAUGUCACUGGCAUCUCCUUUGUAGGGGUCUUAAAUAAAUUUGGACAUUUAAAAAUCCUUAUAGCUUGUUACCAA